AUGGUUUCCUACAAACUGACAUAUUUUGAUGGACGUGGCGCUGGAGAGAUUUGCCGCCAAAUUUUUGCCUACGCCGGGCAGGAAUAUGAAGAUCAACGGCUCACCGAUGAGCAAUGGGAAGAAAGCCCCAUACAACCAACUCCCAAUGCUCACCAUCGACGGAAAGCCUCUUGCUCAAUCCCACGCCAUGUCUCGUUACCUUGCUCGCGAGUUUGGCAUCAACGGGAAAACUCAUUUCGAAGAGGCUCAACACGUCCAUACCUCGCUGUGAAGCUCGGAUACACCGAAGGAGACGCAGACACUUUGUACAAGACUGUAUAUCUUCCAGCAUUCAAAAAACACUACGGAUUCUUGUCGAAGGCUUUGAAAUCCAGUGGACAUGGAUUCCUGGUUGGAGAUUCUUUGACCUGGAUUGAUCUGUUGGUUGCUCAGCAUUCAGCUGACUUGCUCAAACGUGAGGGAGAGAGUCUUUUUGAUGAGUACCCAGAGAUGAAGACGCAUUCUCAGGAUGUUCAGAGAAUUCCACAAAUUGCCAAGUGGAUUGAGAAGCGGCCAGUUUCUGAUUGGUAA